CCAAGUUUCAUGGAAAAAAAGACCUGAAACACAACAGAUAAAAUUUGGGUCUGGCAGUGUCUCAGAUCAAUCACUUCCGACGGUUGAUGGUGUUCUUCCUUUCCAUUCGUUGCGUUUAUGAACGUUUCAGUUCCUCAUCCCUUUGACUUUUUACAGUUUGGUUCAUUUCGGCUUGUUUUACUUUACUAGCUAAUUUUUUUUUUAUUUUUUUUCUUCACAAUCACUUUUUUUUCUUGUGAUUCCUAAAAUCCUCUCCACUCAUUUGCACCCCGGUAAAGAAAUGAAAACAACUUGGUUACUACUUCUUGCAGUCGCUGCACUGCAAGCAUCUGGUCAAAGAGUGACUACCACAACAGACGAUGGAGAUCCUACUACCGUUGCUUCAACUACAACUUCUUCACCUACCAGUACCACUGCAUCAUCAAUUCCUACUACCACCACAACAUCUCCAACCACAACAUCAUCUCCUACUACAACAUCACCCACUACAACAUCACCCACUACCACUUCGUCCACUACCACUUCGUCCACGCCCACAACAUCGUCGACGACGACUUCACCUACCACCACCAGCCCAACAUCGACGUCAACAAGUGCAAGUACAUCUUCAUCGCACACCACGGCCACUAGCAGUACGUCUACAGUGGCCGUUCCAACACCAUCACUUCACAACAAUGCCACUACGAGCGACCCCUUAUCAGGCGGAGCUAUAGCUGGUAUCGUCAUUGGAAGUGUGUUCGGUGUGGCAGCCAUUGCCUGCCUUGUGUUCUGUUGUGUGAAGAAACGUCGCAAGCACUAUGAAGAUGAGAAGUUUGUGAAGUCGUCGGAAUACGAUGACAGUACGCCGUACGGGAUGCAAGAGGUUUCCGAUGCCGCACCAGUUACGGCUUUCGCUGCGGAUGGAGCAUACGAUCACCAACAGAAUUACCAGUACAUGAAUGCAGCAGGCGAUCCUUGGGCUCAGCAAGGCUUUGCCAGACAGCGCACCAUCCGGAACCCUGCAUACGGUUACCACCAUCAGCAGCAACCUGGUCAAGUCCAAUACAGCAAUCCCAACAUGCAAGACACGGGCUACAUUGGCCAUCCCUCGGAAAAGUACGAGGAUCCAUCGUCGUACCAUAAUCCCAACAGUUUUGCCGGCUCUCAGCCCUCUGCCGCUGGUAUGGCGGCUGUACAAUAUGAGCGUGGUUUUGAGAAUCCUCAGCAGCGCCUUCAAAACCCUGAUCAAUACGAUGACCAUUAUUAUGAAACUCCACGUAUCGCUCCCAACGGUGACAUGUACUCGGAUCAUCUCCAUACCGCGGAUAAUUCAAUGGUGUAUGCCCCGGGAAGUGGUUCUACUGCCAGUCCCGAAAGAAGAACUCCCUCGCCUGAAUCCCAAGUACCUGCUCCGCGCACGUACGAUUUGGGUAGCCAGCAACUGCCACCCCCGCACGGUCUCGACCGUAACUGGGAUCUCUACAAUUAUGCAUCUUAUACUCCUUCGAGAAACGAUCAAAGGGAUACCUAGUGGCCCACCCGUCUAUAGAGAAUAUAUUACCAACGCAUAUGUAUUUGUAUUUUGCAUAACACUGUUGUAUUUCUUCCUUUUCUCUCUCUCAUUGUUCUUUCCUUUUUCCAUUUAUUCCCUGGUCAUGCAUGACAUGUGGUUGUUUU